AUGACCAAACCAGUAGUGCAGCCCGACCGUGCGUGGUCGAUCGAAGGCGACCACGAGAUUGCCUUCAAACAGGUGUACGCAAUCUGCCUCAAGACGUUUGGCUACGACUUGGACGAGUACAACUACGAGCAGCUCAUUGACCCCAAGACGUUUGUGUCGGGCAAAUCCCCCAACGCCCUUCCUGACCUCGAGGCCGAGUCUGUCGUCAGCCAGUGUCCGCCUGUGCUGGAGAGAACCCGCAAGAACUUCAAGCACAUGAUGGGCAAGCUGGACCUCCACACGGGGGAGUUUGACGAGAACAUCAAGGUGGCCCAGAAGCACGUGUGGCCCAAGGUGGCCAAGUACAACCUCGGCCGCUUGCACCAGGAGUUCUUGAUCACGCCUAGAAACGACUCGCCUGACAACGACAUUCUUCGUUUUGUCCGUGCCCGCAAGUUCAAGGUGGAGGAGACCAUCAACAUGGCCUUCAAGUGCUUGGAGUGGAAGAGCACCGAAUUCAAGGUGGAGCGCAUCACCAUCGACGGUGACCUCGGCAUCCACCAGGACAAGAACCUCAAGCAGCUUUCCGAGGCCUUUGGCAUGGGCAAGGUCUACCUCAGAGGUGUCGACAGAAACGGCGGUCCCAUCACCAUUAUUCGUGUCAGAAACCACUUUGGCAGCCAGUGCCCCCACAAGGACUUUGAGCGUUUCAUUGUGCUUAUGCUUGAGUGGGUCAGACUCUCUCUUAAGCCAAUGUCGCUUGGCGGUGACGGUGCCAACAUUCUCUUUGACUUGACCGGUAUCUCGUUGAAGAACGUUGACUUGGCUGCUGUCAAGUUCUUGGCCAAGGCCUUCGAGGCCAACUACCCCGAGUCCUUGACUGCAAUCUGGAUCCACAACGCCCCUUGGGUCUUCUUCACCGUGUGGAAGUUGAUCCGUGGCUGGUUGGACCCUGUGGUGGCCUCCAAGGUGCACUUCACCAACUCUGUGGAGGACUUGGAGAAGUUUGUGGACCGCAAGAACAUUCCAGACUUUGUAGGCGGCGACGACACCUACAGACCAGAGUACGACGCUCCAACCGAAGAGAACUCCGGCUUGAAGCCCAAGGACGAGCGUUUCGACGAGUUGGCAGAGGAGCGCAAGCAGCUCUCCAAGGUGUUUAUCGAGACCACGCUUGCGUGGGUCAAGGCUGCCACCAAGGAGGAGCUGACCAAGUUCAUGAACCUCAAGAUUCAGCUUGGUGUCGAGUUGGCCAAGAACAUGGUCGAGCUUGACGAGUAUGUUCGUACCAGAGGCCAGUUUGACAGAAACGGCGCUCUCAAGAUCACCCUUUAG